GAUUCAUGCGUUUUCCUGUCUGACCUGGUUUGGGGUGAUCAGGUUUCAUUACAGAGCAGCAUUUCUGGGAAACUCUGCCUCCAUCAGCUUAUCACCGACCUCUAAAUUCAAAGGAAUAUCCCAAAACAUUGAGUUUUAUCAAAUGUAAAACAACCGUUCUUUGUCAUUUUUUUCUUUUCCUAUAUGUAAAUAAACUAGUCAAUUUGGAGCAGGAAAAAAAAAUGUAAUCUCACUUCCCCUUUUGGCUCGAAUAGUUUCUAAAGCAGUAUUUUAGUCUACCGCAAAGCAGCUUUUAAAUAAAAUCUAGAACAGCCCAACGCUCAGGUUGCACCGAGAGGUUUUAACGUGAAGCUCUGAACGCUCCUCCCUGAGAAGAGCGGAUGCGUGAUUAUGCGUAACUAAAGGAUGUGGUCUGCUGCGAGAUGAGGAAGAAGGUGAGGAGGAAGGAGUACGCCGAACUUUAAACCAGCUCGACGCAAGCUGCUCGGUGGCUGGCCGAACGGAGGAGACCGUCGCAGGCUGGAUUAUUUCUCACUUUGAGAGUGGAGCCGUUAAUUUCUGUGAAGAUGCACUGAGAGAAGGAAGAAGAUGGAAGUGGAGGAGACUGGUGAAAUGAGGACUUCCUGGUCAGGAGACACUCGCUCUGUCCUCUGUGACCAUGCUGGGAAGAAGCGAAAACAAGACCUGAUUCCUGAACCAGUCAUCAGAAUCAUGGAGGAUGAGGAGGAAGAGGAAGAAGGGGAAAUUAUGUCUGAUCACAAGGAUUCAGAGGAGCCCAGUAACAAAAAGGUCAAACCCGUGACAAAGUCCAACAGCCUGACAGGUGUCAUAACACCAGUGAAGACUGCUGCUCUUAAACGCAUCGGGCAGUCUAUUUCGCGCUCCAUCAGCUUUCGCACCGACGCCCGACCUUUGCCCCCAGGGCCCCUGCGCCCUCGCUCCAAAGCCUCGUCGUUUCCACGUAGGCGCAACAGCCAGUGUUGGAGUGACACUGUGGAGAGCCAUGACCUGACUGCAAAGGAAAUCAAACGCCAAGAGGUGAUCUACGAGCUGACGCAGGGAGAGAGGCAACUCAUAGAAGACCUCAGUUUGGUCAAGAAGGUGUACUACGAGCCCAUGUUGAAGUUGGAUAUAUUGACAGAAAGCGAGCUCGGACAAAUCUUCGGGACUUUAGACUCCCUGAUUCCACUGCAUGAGGAUCUUUUGGCUCGUCUUGAGCGACUGAGGGGCUCAGAGAAGACGGUGGGAGAAGUGGGGCCGACUCUGCUGAACUGGUUCCCCUGCCUGGAAGCCUACGUCACAUAUUGCUGCAACCAGGUGGGAGCCAAAGCUCUGCUGGACCAGAAGAAGCAGGAGAAAAGAGUCGAGCAUUUCCUGCGCCUGUGUCAGGAGUCUUCGUUUAGUAGGAAAUUGGACUUGUGGAACUUUCUGGACCUUCCCAGAAGCCGCCUGGUCAAAUACCCACUGCUGUUGAAGGAGAUACAGAAGUGCACGCCUCCAGACCACCCAGACGAGGACACGCUGCCUGAUGCUCUGGAGCUGAUUCAGAGCAUCGUGGCCGAGGUGAACAAGAAGACCGGCGAGGCUGAGUGUCAGUUCUACCGGCGGGGGCUGAUCUACCUCGAAGAGAGCCAGAGAAUACCUGAGAUCCACGAGUCCCGCUUCCUCUACUGCCACGGAGAGCUCAAGACCAACAAGGGGCAGAAGCUGCAUGUAUUCCUGUUUGAACUGGCGUUGGUGCUGACCAGACCGGGGGACGACAGAGACAUUAGAGGACAAAUGUUUAACGUGUACCGGCAGCCUCUGCCCAACACGUUGAUCAAUUUAGAGGAGAUCCCAGACAGUGAGGCCGGCGGGGGAGGAACCUUCAGAGGAGCGUUCACCGGAGGAAACGACAAAG